CUGCAACCCGCUCUGCAGUGGAACCUUCUCGAGGCACCGACUUCUUAGGACGGUGUCGGCUGCAGGAGGCGAGGGGACGGGGGCAUGGACGCGGUCUGAAGAUGUCAUAAGGGCGCGCGGGACGGUGAGGUGGGGCCCGAAUACCGGAAUACCAUUGAGCAUCCCUCGUUACAGGGCGGCCUAGAGCCAAUCCUUCGGGUGCUGCCAUGUUGAAUGACAGUGGGACUCCACGCACCGCCUAGGCCGGCCCCUGCCGCAUCGCGAUUGGCUCAGCGGCUGUGAGUGACAUUGGUCUGUGACAUCUGCGUCUGGGGAUUGGCUGGAGGCGCGAUUGACGCCCGCAUGAAGUACACUCACCUCUCCUUCUCAGCCUGCGGGUUUCUGGGUAUUUACCACCUGGGGGCAGCGACCAUGCUGUGCACGCGCGGGCGGGGCCUGCUGCGUGACAUCACUGGCUUUGCAGGGGCCUCAGCAGGGGCUCUGGUGGCCACUAUGCUACUGACCGCACCAGAGAGGCUUGAGGCAUGUACCAGAUUCGUGUUUGCCUUUGCCGAGGAGACGAGGAUGCAGGCACUGGGGCCGGUAACGCCUGGAUACAACUUUAUGGCUCGGCUUAGAGGCGGCAUUGACUCCAUCCUUCCCCAGCACGCACACACACUGGCCCAGGGACGGUUGCAUGUGUCGGUCACCAGCAUGGCGGACAGGAGGAGCCACCUGGUGUCUAGUUUCACUUCUAGGGACGACCUCAUCACGGUUCUCCUCGCCAGCUGCUUCAUACCUGUCUACGCAGGACUUGAGCCUGUGGAGUAUGCAGGGCAGCGCUGGAUGGACGGCGGCCUUACUGACAGCCUGCCCGUGCUACCCAUGGGACACACCUUGACCUUCUCACCCUUCAGUGGACGGGCGGAUGUGUCCCCGCGGGAUCCGGGGUGGCCCGGCGUGUGUGUGAGCUUCGCCAAGCAGGACAUCACGAUCUCCAUGGCCAACCUGGUGCGCGCGUGGCAGAUGCUGUUCCCACCGGAUUGUUGGUCCUUGGAUUCUCCCUCACCUCAGGAGGACUUUCCUGUUCCAUCCUGCUUCUCUGAUUGUACACGUAGGCUGACUCUCUUAGCCUCCUGUGCCCAACAAUAAUCAUCUCCAACAUUGCUAUGAAGAGUCAGACCAUUGGGUUCAUCUCCCAGGUCAUUAUCAGCCUCAUAAAACCAAGAACAAGAGUGAGAACCCAGCCUGCUUCCCUACCUUUUUUUUCAUGUGGAUGUCUUGGUACAUAACGACGGACUCCUAAGAUGAUCAAUCUGAUAAAGGCAACCAGUGCUAGUAUGCAUAGAAUAGUCGUCAAGGUUUUGGAAAAUUCUUGAAAAGGAACAGAAAACAAUGGAUAAAGCUAAAGACACACCUCCAGCAUCAGCUUCUCUCUCUAGGUAGACCAAGGCGCUCAUGUGUGAGGACUAUUUUACCACAUCCUGCUGUAGCCAUAUUGGGGUCAAAGUGUCAUAGCAGGUGGCCUUUGAAGUUCAUCAAACCCAUUCCAAUCCUUGAGUUUCUCUUCUUGCUGCCUUUAGAUAGGGAUGUAGAAAUCUUAGCUACCAUAUCUACCUCUGGGCCACCAUCCUCCUCAAAUAGGACACUGACCCAUAUACAAGUUGGUUCCUGAGAGUGGGGUAUUGCUGUGACAGACUAUGUUGCUUGUGUACAGAAUGAGACCUUUGCGAUUUUUGAUAAGAAAAGGAGUUAAACCAUAUAUUCGAUGCAGGCCAGGGCAGAAGAGCUUCACUAGGUACUGUAUCACCCCGAGCUUUAGAUCCCUGGAGUCUACUCCUUAAUAUCUUUUAACAUUAAUGGACUCAAUUCCCCAAUAAAAAUACAUAGACUAACAGACUGGUUACAUAAACAGGACCCUACAUUUUGCUGCAUACAGGAAACACACCUCAGUGUCAAAGACAAAAACUACCUUAGAGUAAAAGGCUGGAAGACAAUUCUACAAGCAAAUGGUCCCAGGAAACAAGCUGGAGUAGCCAUUCUAAUAUCAGAUAAAAUUGACUUUCAACCUAAAGUCAUCAAAAGAGACUCUGAGGGACACUUCUUGUUGGUCAAAGGAAAAAUACAACAAGAAGAACUCUCAAUCCUGAACAUCUAUGCUCCAAAUACAAGAGCACCCUCAUUCAUAAAAUAAACUUUACUAAAGUUCAAAGCACACAUUGCACCUAACACAAUAAUUGUGUGUGACUUCAACACUCCACUCUCAUCAAUGGACCGAUCAGGAAAACAGAAACUAAACAGGGAGACAGUGAAACUAAUUGACGCUUUGGACCAAUUGGAUUUAACAGAUAUGUAUAGAACUUUUCAUCCAAAGCAAAAGAAUAUACCUUUUUCUCAGCACCUCACGGUACCUUCUCCAAAAUCGAUCUUCACAAGACAGAACUCAGCAAAUAUAAGAAGAUUGAAAUAAUUCCAUGCCUCCUAUCAGAUCACUAUGGAGUAAAAGUGGUAUUUAAUAACAAUAAAAACAACAGAAAGCCCACAUACACAUGGAAACUGAACAAUACUCUACUCAAUGAUACCUUGGUCAAGGAAGAAAUAAAGAAAUCCAAGAUUUCAUAGAAUUUAACGAAAAUGAAGGCACAACAUACACAAAUCUAUGGGACACAAUGAAAGCAGUGCUAAGAGGAAAAUUCAUAGCUUUGAGUGCCUCCAAAGAGAAAUUCGAGAGAGCAUACACUAGAAGAUUAACCGAACAACUGAAAGCCCUGGAACAAAAAGAAGCUAAUUCACCCAGGAGGAGGAUAAGACAGGAAAUCAUCAAACUCAGGGCUGAAAUCAAUCAAGUAGAAACCAAGAGAAACAUACAAAGAAUCAACAAAACCAGGAGCUGGUUCUUUGAAAAAAUCGACAAGAUAGAUAAACCCCUAGCCAGACUAACCAAAGAGCACAGAGACAGUAUCCAAAUUAACAAAAUUAGAAAUGAAACGGGAGAUAUUACAACAGAAACUGAGGAAAUUCAAAAAAUCUUUAGAUCCUACUACAAAAGGAAAUUCAAAAUAUGAUCAGUUCCUACUACAAAAGCCUGUACUCAACACAACUGGAGAAUCUGGAGGAAAUGGACAAUUUCUUAGACAGAUACCAAACACCAAAAUUAAAUCAGGAUCAAAUAGAUCAUCUAAGCAGACCCAUAACCCCUAAAGAAAUAGAAGGGGUCAUAGAUAGCCUUCCAACCAAAAAAAGCACAGGACCAGAUGGUUUCAGUGCAGAAUUCUAUCAGACCUUCAAAGAAGACUUACCACCAAUACUCUUCAAACUAUUCCACCAACUAGAAACAGAAGGAACACUACCCAACUCCUACGAAGCCACAAUUACGCUGAUACCAAAACCACACAAAGAUCCAACUAAGAAAGAGAAUUUCAGGACAAUUUCCCUUAUGAAUAUUGAUGCAAAAAUACUCAAUAAAAUUCUUGCCCACCAAAUCCAAGAACACAUCAAAACGAUCAUCCACCAGGAUCAAGUAGGCUUCAUCCCAGGGAUGCAGGGAUGGUUCAAUAUAAGGAAAUCCAUCAAUGCAAUCCACUACAUAAACAAACUCAAAGAAAAAAAAUCACAUGAUCAUUUCAUUAGAUGCAGAAAAAGCAUUUGACAAAAUUCAGCAUCCUUUCAUGCUAAAACUCUUGGAAAGGACAGGAAUUGAAGGCCCAUAUCUACACAUAGUAAAAGCAAUAUACAGCAAACCGGUAGCCAACAUCAAACUAAAUGGAGAGAAACUUGAAGCAAUCCCAGUAAAAUCAGGGACUAGACAAGGCUGCUCCCUCUCUCCAUAUCUUUUCAAUAUAGUUCUUGAAAUUCUAGCUAGAGCAAUUAGACAACAUAAGUCAAAGGGAUACAAAUUGGAAAGGAAGAAGUCAAACUAUCACUAUUUGCAGAUGAUAUGAUAGUGUACUUAAGUGACCCAAAAAACUCUACUAGAGAACUCCUACAGCUGAUAAACAACUUCAGCAAAGUGGCUGGCUACAAAAUCAACUCAAGCAAAUCAGUAGCCUUCCUACACUCAAAGGAUAAGCAGACUGAGAAAGAAAUUAGGGAAAUGACACCCUUCACAAUAGCCACAAACAGCAUAAAGUAUCUUGGUGUGACUCUAACCAAACAAGUGAAAGACCUAUAUGACAAGAACUUCAGAUCUCUGAAGAAGGAAGUCGAAGAAGAUCUCAGAAAAUGGAAAAAUCUUCCAUGCUCAUGGAUUGGCAGGAUUAAUAUAGUUAAAAUGGCCAUCUUGCCAAAGGCAAUCUACAGAUUCAAUGCAAUCCCCAUCAAAAUCCCAACCCAGUUCUUCAUAGAGCUAGAAAGAGCAAUGCUCAAAUUCAUCUGGAAUAACAAAAAAACCCAGGAUAGCUAAAACUAUUCUCAACAGUAAAAGAACUUCAGGGGGAUUCAGUAUCUCAGACCUCAAACUUUACUACAGAGCAAUAGUGAUAAAAACUACAUGGUAUUGGUACAAUGUCAGGCAAGAAGAUCAAUGGAAUGGGAUUGAAGACCCAGAAAUGAACCCACACAGCUAUGGUCACUUGAUCUUCAACAAAGGAGCUGAAAGCAUCCAGUGGAAAAAAAGAUAGCCUUUUCAACAAAUGGUGCUGGUUCGAGUGGAGGUCAGCAUGUAGAAGAAUGUGAAUUGAUCCAUCCUUGUCUCCUUGUACUAAGUUCAACUCCAAAUGGAUCAAGGACCUCCACAUAAAACCAGACACACUGAAACUAAUAGAAAAGAAACUGGGGAAGACCCUUGAGAACAUCGGUACAGGGAGAAAGUUUCUGAAUAGAACACCAAUAGCGUACGCUCUAAGAUCAAGAAUUGACAAAUGGGACCUCAUAAAAUUACAAAGUUUCUGUAAGGCAAAGGACACUGUCAAAAGGACAAAACGUCAACCAACAGAUUGGGAAAGGAUCUUCACCAACCCUAAAUCUGACAGAGGGAUAAUAUCUAAUAUAUACAAAGAACUCAAGAAGGUAGAACCCAGAGAACCAAAUAACCCCAUUAAAAAGUGGGAUACCAAGCUAAACAAAGAAUUUUCACAUGAAGAACUUCAGAGGGCUGAGAAACACCUUAAGAAAUGUUCAACAUCAUUAAUCAUUAGGGAAAUGCAAGUCAAACAACACUGAGAUUUCACCUCACACCAGUCAGAAUGGCUAAGGUCAAAAACUCAGGAGACAGCAGGUGCUGGCGAGGAUGUGGAGAAAGAGGAACACUCCUCCACUGCUGGUGGGAUUGUAAGAAGGUGCAACCACUUUGGAAAUCAGUCUGGAGGUUCCUCAGAAAACUGGGCAUGGCACUUCCGGAGGACCCUGCUAUACCUCUCCUGGGCAUAUACCCAGAGGAUUCUUCAGCAUGUAAUAAGGACACAUGCUCCAUUAUGUUCAUAGCAGCCCUAUUUGUAGUAGCCAGAAGCUGGAAAGAACGCAGGUAUCCCUCAACAGAAGAAUGGAUACAAAAAAUGUGGUAUGUUUACACAAUGGAGAACUAUUCAGCCAUUAGAAACAAUGAAUUCAUGAAAUUCUUAAACAAAUGGAUGGAGCUGGAGAACAUCAUACUAAAUGAGGUAACCCAGUCUCAAAAGAUCAAUCAUGGUAUGCACUCACUGAUACAUGGAUAUUAGCCUAGAAACUUUGAAUACCCGGGACAUAAUCCACAAAUUAAAUGAUGUCCAAAAAGAAUGGAGGAGUGGCUCCUGGUUCUGGAAAGACUCAGUGCAAGAGUAUAGGGGAAUUCCAGAACAGGGAAGUGGGAAGGGGUGGAUGGAAGAAUAGGGGGAGGGAAGAGGGCUUAUGGGACUUGCAGGGAGUGGGG